UUGAACACCUCGAACCUUCCCCUCCCGCCGUUGCCGCCCCUACAGCAGCAGCCGCCGCCGCCAUCGAAAGCUUCCCCAAAAUCUUUUCCCCUCGAUUCUCUCCUCCAGCACCUUCUCCACAUUUCUUCGCCUGUCAAGUCUUCCCUGGCUUCUCCAGACGUCGUGCCGGCCCGUUUCAGGAGAGACGAUGAGAUCCCGAUUGCGAUGCCUAGAAUCGACGACAAAGUCACCGGCGAUGAUGGGCUUCUCGAUUUCCUUCCUCUGAAUUGUAAGUUGUUGCUGGACUCGAUCUUGGAACAGCCCGUUUCUAAUUUGGGGUCCCUUUUCGAUUCUAUGAAAUUUCAGCUGCUUGAGGAGGUCGAUUUGUUUGGGUUGUUGAAAGGUUUGGAUGUUUGUGGCGGUGCUGAGAGGGCCAUUUUGUUGUUCGAGUGGGUCGUGCUUAAUUUGGAUGUCUCGAAAAGUGAUAAAUUGGAUCAGAUCAUCGAGUUGAUGGUCUGGAUUCUAGGUAGGGAGUCUCAGCACUCGGUCGCCUCCAAACUGUUUGAUAAAAUUCCUUAUAAGGAUUUCUCACUCGACAUUCGGGCGUGGACAACCAUUCUGCACUCGUACUCGCGUAGCGGGAAGUAUGAGAAGGCAAUAGCCUUGUUCGAGUUCGUAAAAGGUCGAGACUUGCGCCCAACUUUAGUUACCUACAAUGUGAUGCUCGACGUUUAUGGAAAAAUGGGUUGUUCGUGGGAUAAAAUCUUGCACCUUCUGGACGAAAUGAGUAAUGUCGGGCUCGAAUUCGACGAGUUCACUUGUAGCACGGUUAUAUCCGCAUGUGGGAGAGAAGGUUUAUUGAAAGAAGCCAAGACUUUCUUCGAUGGGCUCAAGUUAAACGGUUACGUGCCAGGCACAGUAACUUAUAACUCGUUGCUUCAGGUUUACGGCAAGGCGGGUAUUUAUAACGAGGCCUUGAGCGUAUUAAAAGAAAUGGAGGAAAGUAACUGCCCACCAGACUCGAUCACUUACAACGAGCUCGUGGCUGCGUACGUGCGUGCCGGUUUCCACGAAAAAGGAGCAGCUUUAAUCGAUACAAUGACUCAAAAGGGCAUAAAACCGAACGUCGUGACUUACACAACAGUCAUCGACGCCUAUGGCAAAGCUCGCCGAGAAGACAAAGCUCUGGCCAUGUUCAGGCAGAUGAAGGAAUUAGGCUGUGUCCCGAACGUCUGCACGUAUAACUCCAUUCUUGGUAUGCUCGGGAGAAAGUCCCGUGUGGAGGAAAUGAUGGAGAUGAUCUCGGACAUGAAAUCGAACGGCUGUACCCCAAAUCGAGUCACUUGGAACACGAUGCUUACAAUGUGCGGGAACAAAGGCAUGCAGAAGCACGUGAACCGUAUUUUUCACGAGAUGAAGAAUUCCGGAUUUCAACCUGAUCGAGACACGUUCAACACGUUGAUUCGAACAUACGGGCGAUGUGGGAGCCAAAUAAACGCUACCAAAAUGCUUGAAGAAAUGAUAAGAGCUGGAUUUUCUCCUAGCCUCACGACUUAUAACGCGCUUUUGAAUGUCUUGGUCCAUAGAGGUGACUGGCGGGCUGCCGAGUCAGUUGUUUCGGACAUGAGGAGCAAAGGUUUCAAGCCGAACGAGGCUACACACUCGCUCAUGCUCCAUAGCUACUCGAGAGGCGGGAAUAUCAGGGGAAUCGAGAAAGUCGCCAUUGAAAUUUACGAAGGCCGGAUUUUCGCGAGCUGGGUGGUUUUGCGAGCUCUGAUUCUAGCAAACUACAAGUGCAGGUCAUUAGUGGGUAUGGAGAAGGCCUUUAAGGAGUUUUUGAAAAACGGGUACAAGCCCGAUUUAGUUCUGUUGAACUCUAUGAUCUCGAUUUUCGCACGGAACAAAAUUUACGAACGCGUGCACGAGAUACUGCAUCUUAUCCAAGAGAAUGGGUUGGAGCCCGAUUUGGUGACGUACAACAGCUUGAUGGAUGUGUAUGCAAGGUCAGGCGACUGUUGGAAGGCCCAAGAAGUUCUUAAUGGGCUUCUGGAGAAUAAUGUGAAGCCCGAUAUCGUCUCGUACAACACAGUCAUAAAUGGGUUCUGUAGGCAAGGGCUGAUGCAGGAGGCUAUGGGGAUUUUAACGGAUAUGACGGGUCGAGGGAUAAGGCCUUGCGUAGUUACUUACAAUACUUUUGUUGCGGGAUUUUCGAGGAGAGGGUUUUUCAAGGAGGUGGAUGAGUUUAUAAGCUAUAUGAUAGAGCACGAUUGCAGGCCGAAUGAGCGGACGUAUAAUACGGUUGUGGAUGGGUAUUGCAAGGCGAAAAGGUAUAAAGAGGCUAUGGAUUUCGUGUCGAGGAUUCGAGAGAAGGAUGUGUGGUACGGAGAAGAAGAUUUGCAGAGGCUGUUGGGUCGGGUCAGGGAAAAUAUGGAAUCUUGA